GCUAAAGCCGGCCCAAUGGCGUGUCUUAUCUACACGCGCCACUGUCUCGCAAACUCCGUUCGCAGUCUGGAGUCAGCUCAAAGUCUUGUUUUCAUUCAAUCUCGUCUUCCCAUUUAUUAUUAUAAGCAAAUCAAACCGCGAUUGCGCUCAAUUUCCAAUAAUUUAUUAGGUUUUUCUUCUUGUCUUUCCAUCUCCUCCAAUCGUAAAAUGAGCUCUUUAUCUGCCCUAAACCACUCACUUCAGUAUCCGGCCGUCCGUAGAGACGACUCCGUCGUCGAUGACUAUCAUGGAGUCCUCGUUUCCGAUCCUUACAGAUGGCUCGAAGAUCCUGAUUCCGAGGAGACAAAGGAUUUUGUGCAGAAGCAGGUGGAAUUGACGGAUUCGGUUCUUGAGAAAUGUGAUACGAGGGAGAAGUUACGGGAGAAAGUUACGAAGCUAUUCGACCAUCCUCGUUAUCAUGCGCCAUCACGAAAAGGGGACAAGUACUUCUACUACCAUAAUACCGGUCUUCAAGCUCAAGACGUCCUCUUUGUGCAGGACAGUUUGGAUGGUGAAGCAGAGGUAUUACUUGACCCGAAUCAGCUCAGUGAGGAUGGAACUGUGGCGUUAAGCACUUUGAGUGUGAGUGAAGAUGCCAAGUACCUGGCGUAUGGACUUAGUUCGAGUGGCAGUGAUUGGGUAACCAUUAAGGUCAUGAGGAUUGAGGACAGAAGGGUCGAACCAGACACUCUGGUGUGGGUCAAAUUUUCAGGCAUUAGUUGGACCCAUGAUGCAAAAGGUUUCUUUUACAGUCGAUACCCAGCUCCCAAAGAGGGAGAGGAAUUGGAUGCUGGCACAGAGACAAACUCAAACUUAAAUCAAGAGGUUUAUUAUCAUUUUCUUGGAACCAAACAAUCUGAAGACAUCUUGUGCUGGAAAGAUCCAGAGAACCCAAAAUACUUAUUUGCAGCAGAUAUAACAGAUGAUGGAAAGUAUGUUCUUCUAUAUACGUCUGAAAGCUGUGAUCCGGUCAACAAAAUUUUUUACUGCGACUUGACUGCAAUCCCUGAUGGCCUUGAAGGUCAAAGGAGGGGAUCAAAAGACUUACUUCCGUUUAUUAAGCUUGUUGACAACUUCGAUGCACAAUAUACAGCUAUUGCUAAUGAUGAUACCCUAUUUACGUUUCUUACAAAUAAAGAUGCUCCAAAAUAUAAGUUAGUUCGAGUAGAUCUGAAGGAACCGAAUGUCUGGGUUGAGGUAGUUCCUGAAUCUGACAAGGAUGUACUAGAGUUGGCCAUUGCUGUCAACAAGAAUCAAAUUCUGGUUAACUACUUAAGUGAUGUUAAAAAUAUAGUACAGUUAAGGGAUUUGGAAACUGGGUCGUUCUUGCACCAGUUGCCUAUUGAUAUUGGCACAGCUUCUGAAAUCUCUUGCAGACGUGAAGAUAGCACUGCUUUUAUCGGGUUUACUAGUUUCCUUUCUCCAGGGAUUAUAUAUCAGUGCAACUUGGAAACUGGGGUUCCAGAGAUGAAGAUAUUUAGAGAAAUUGUUGUCCCUGGAUUUGAUCGCACAUCAUUCAAUGUUGAUCAGGUAUUUGUGCCUAGUAAGGAUGGGACGCAGAUACCAAUGUUUAUCGUGUCCAAGAAAGGGAUCGUUUUGGAUGGAUCAAAUCCGUGUCUUUUGUAUGGAUAUGGCGGAUUCAAUAUUAAUAUUACACCAUCUUUCAGUAUCAGUCGCGGUGUUCUUGUGAAACACAUGGGAGCUGUAUAUUGCAUAGCAAACAUCCGUGGUGGUGGAGAGUAUGGUGAAGAGUGGCACAAAGCUGGUUCUUUGGAAAAGAAACAGAAUUGUUUUGACGAUUUCAUCUCUGCUGCCGAAUAUCUUGUAUCUUCUGGUUAUACCCAACCUAGAAAGUUGUGUAUUGAAGGAGGAAGCAAUGGUGGGCUUCUUGUUGGAGCGUGUAUUAACCAGAGACCUGACCUUUUUGGAUGUGCGCUUGCCCAUGUUGGUGUGAUGGAUAUGCUUAGAUUCCACAAGUUCACUAUAGGUCAUGCAUGGACAUCUGACUAUGGAUGUUCGGAGAAAGAGGACGAGUUCAAGUGGCUAAUAAAGUACUCCCCACUUCAUAAUGUGAAGAGGCCAUGGGAACAUGACGAAAAGAAAUCUCAGUAUCCUUCGACAAUGUUAUUGACAGCCGAUCAUGAUGAUCGUGUUGUGCCUCUGCAUUCCUUGAAGUUGUUGGCAACAAUGCAAUAUGUUCUUUGCACAAGCUUGGAGGAGAGCCCGCAGACAAAUCCAAUAAUUGGACGCAUCGAAUGCAAGGCUGGUCAUGGAGCAGGGCGUCCAACACAGAAAAUGAUUGAUGAAGCUGCUGAUCGAUAUAGCUUUAUGGCCAAGAUGGUUGGCGCUACUUGGAUAGACGAGUAACUUAUUAUUAUUCUCUUUUCUUUCGAUUUUCUAUUUAUUAUUUGUUGCUUUCACUUUUCAAUUUCGUUUUCCUUGUCACAAAUCUGAAAAUUUUGUUUCACCCGAUUUAUUUGUACACAAGACUCUACAUAACUAUCUA